AAAUGUCAGCUAGCAAAAUAAUUUUAUUAAUAUUUCUGUUUCAGACUUACAAUGGUUUAAAUUAUAAAAGAACGCCCUGCUUUUGUAGUUAUUAGGUUAUGAACCAGAGUCCUGUUCAGCUUAGAAAUUCGACCAGAAUGGCGGCUAAGGAUUAUGAUCAUUUGUUUAAACUUUUGAUAAUCGGAGACUCGGGGGUUGGAAAGAGUUCACUUCUAGUUAGGUUCGCGGACAACUGUUUCAGUGGAAACUAUAUAACUACCAUUGGAGUAGAUUUCAAAAUUAGAACAAUUGAAGUUCAGGGAGAGCGAGUAAAGCUUCAAAUAUGGGAUACUGCAGGUCAAGAGAGGUUUCGAACAAUAACUUCAACUUACUACAGAGGAACUCAUGGUGUUAUAAUCGUGUAUGACGUAACUGCUGGAGAAAGUUUUGCCAACGUUAAACGCUGGCUCCAUGAAAUAGAUCAAAACUGUGACGUUGUCAACAGAAUCCUGGUGGGGAACAAGAAUGAUGAUCCAGAUAGAAAGGUUGUGUUAACGGAAGAUGCUCGACGGUUUGCCGAUCAGAUGGGGAUCAGACUUUUCGAAACCUCGGCUAAGGACAAUAUAAACGUGGAGGAGAUGUUCCGAGCAGUUACCGAACUAGUGCUAAGGAGUAAAAAGGACCAGAAGAGGGAGCUAGACUCCAGUGUGGAGGGUGGAGUUAAACUUCAUAAGGGUCGACCUCAGGGCAAAUCCAACAAAAAGAGCGGCGGUGGCUGCUCUUGUAAAUAAGUGCUCUUAGAGCAGCAGCAGCAGGGUGCUCUUAGAGCAACUCCACUCUUCGUCCAGAAAAUGAAUCAAGAUACUGGAGGACUUCCAGCUCUAAAUGUUGGAGCCCCUUGGACCCCCCAGAUCUAGAUGCUAGACCUCCCACUAGUCGGAUUCAAAAAAAAAAGUUCAAAGAACCCCCGCAACGUACUUGGUGACACAGUGAUCUUUCUUAUUCAUUUCAAAAUGAUUAUUUUUAAAACUGUAAUUAAAAAUGUAAAACUUCCUAUUAGUAGAAUUUUGUAUAAAUGAUACAUUUUGUCAUCAGAACCCCGAUUACCUGAUGUCUCUUAAUUUAAAGAAGAGAACUAAUUAUAUCUUUUCUUAAAAUUCAUUCAAGGGAAAAAUGCGCAUAAUUUUUAAAUUGUUGAAAAUGUGCGAAAUACUCUUUUGAUUAUCGAUUAAUUUUAGCGAAUUUUUCUCAAAUGUUAACCAUUAAAACAUGGUCUCGCAAGUGUAAUAAAAAUCCAGCUCUCUUCAGUACUGUAUUUACGUUUUUAAGUACUUUCCUAAUGUGGAAAUUCUUUCUCAUUCCGGCCGCAGCACUCGGCCCAAACCUAAUCUUACCCUAACCUUUUCUAACGUGUUGACUUAAAUUUCAAAUUUUGGGCAAUUUUUAGGGAUUUUUUAAUGGGAAAGUAUUUAACACCGCCAGACUACAUUUAUUAUACAAAUUUGUAUUAUUAUGUUAAAACAUAUUAUUUAGAGGAACUGUUUAAGUAUUCGUUGGCUUGAGGGAUAUACUACACUGUUCAUAAGAAUUUAGAAAUUAAAGGGACUGUAACCGUAAUUUCAAGUGACCCUGCAUACAACAACAGUCAUACCCGAUUUACAACGGUACCCUUGAAACCUUUAUCUGAUUAAAGAUGUGGAAGAUAACGUUUUUUCUGACUUUAAAAAGUGUUCAUUUCGGUGAAUUUCUUCAUUGCUUCAUAUAAACAGUGAAUGCGCAAGUCACUUAGGAGAACAAACUGUUCAAAGAAGCAAAAACGUUGAUAUAUAAUUUUUAAUUGAUCAGAAAAAGCUUUUGAAGGUACUGUUGUAAAUCGGGCGUUGCCCUCUUUGCAUGAAGGGUCACUUGGAAUGACGUUUACGUCUUUAACUCAAAUUUAGAAAUCGGAUUAAAUUCUAAUCCAACAAACAAAUUAAAAAUAUUACGGGGCAUUGUCUGCAAAAUGAAAUUACCCUUAGAGUCAUUUUAAGAUUUUGUUCGAAAUUUUAAACAGAAUGUUAUUAAUAUCUCAAUAUUCUUUUAUUUUUUUACAAAAAAAAACGUUAAAGAGCGUAUUGGUAGAUAAAUAUAAUUGGUACCUUCUAUACUAACCAAAAUGUUUAAACAGUUCCUUGAAAAAAUUAAAAUUUGAAUUUGUAAAAAAAAAAUAAAGUUUUUUAUCUUCUUGUUACAUUGGGUUUCGUACAAUUUAAGCAUUUCCUUUUCGACAUUUUUCAUUACAUUAUUUUAGUAUUUAUCAGUUCCAUUUUUAUAUUUUUAGCAUUAUUUAUCUAUUUUUCUGGACUUUCUUCAUUGAAUCAAAGAUAUUUGAAUACAUAGCAAGAAUUUUUAUAAUGUCGUAUUCUCAACAUCAAGAUCAAAUGCCGCAGAAAGACGAGUUUAAUAUUUAAUUGCUUUCCUUCAUAUUUCAGGGCUAAUAAUUUACCUUGAAAUAAAAAUAAAAAAACAAUUUAAGAAUUAUCAAAAGAUUGUGAAGUUCUUUAAUGAUAUUUGGAUACAUUUUUAUAAAUCGUAUUUUCAACCCUUUAAAGCUGCAAAGAUCUCAUCAGCUUUCUUUUUGUGUUGACCAACGAUGAAGCAUUACAGCUGUCAUAAAUUAUAAAAAUUUCAAGACGACAUUUCAUGCGCUCUUACUAUGUAUUCAUACAUGUGAGAUUGACUGUAUGUAAUUUUAAGUGACCCCCAUGUAAGGAGUUCCAUGUCCGAUUCACAACAACAAUCUUUAUCUGAAUAACAAUGAGUAAGAUAUCUUCGUUUUCUUUUUAAAGUAAAUCUCUUUGCUGCGUAAACUUUUUGUAUCAAAUUUGAAAACCAAUUUUUGUACUGAGGGUCACUUAAAAUUCUGUUGACAAUUUCGAAAUUUAAGAUUUUUGAAAUUUUUUUGAGGUAUUCAAAAUUUUGUAAUUUUAUAUGAUUUGAUAGUUUUCGACGAUGCAAUUUUUGAAUGAAUUUAAGAUAUUGGCAAAAUUAAAUCCCUGGAAAUGAGAAUUUAGUUUUGCUAAUAUCAUUAGUCAUUUUUUUAAACUUUGAUCUUACAAGUAUUGAACUUCUUAAACUUUAUAUAUGAGAACAGAAUUUUAUGAAAUAUUUAGAUUUUUUAAUAUUGUGAUUUUUCCCUGAUAUUAGUUGUAUUCAGUAAUCCUUUAAAUAUAACAAAAAUUAUGCAAAAGAA